CCAUGGCCGUCGGAAGUCUCUAUAGACGUCAGAAAUGAUGAAUCCGUCUUCCUCCAAUCACGGCUUCCCCGGGGGAAUCUUGGCCUGAUACAACGCCAUGAUUGGAGGAAGCCAGAUUCGUCAUUAUGGACCCACGAAGAUGGCUUGCGACGGGCGGAGGAAGUGCUGGAGCGCUGCCAGGAUUAAAAGCAUAUUCAAGAUGUCUGAGGAUAGGGCCGCUAAGCUGAAGCUGAAGAGGAGGAAAGGAUGCGCAGCACAGGACGCACAGGUUUCCGUGGCCGGGCUACAGGCUGUUGCUCCAGUGCCAAGACGCAGCUCUACCAGUUCCUGGUUUGAUGAAAUCGAAUUAACUGGUAGCCAACAAAUGUGGAAGCAGGUUCUAAAUGCAGCUUUUCCAGACUUGAAAAGCAUAAGCUGGGAUGCAGUGCCAAGUUUGCCAAACUUUGGCGAUCAGGUAGUUGAGAAUGAAAAGGCAAAGCAUAAUUGUAAAGUUUUUUCCAUUGGAGAGAAAAAAUUUAAAUGGGAUCCAUUCCCUGAUUUUCCAGGGAACCAAAGUUCGGACCAAACUUUGAUUAACAUACAGGACAAUGACGAUGGACUUGGAUGCAAUGAGAAGAGGAGAGAACAUUUAGAAGAGAAUUUCCACACUGCAGUACAAAAACAAAGUCUUGUUGGCAUAACUGAGAAUCCAGAAAAAAGACUUAACUGCGAGCAAAUUUGUAACCUACCUGAGCAGAAUAACAAAACGGUCUCAACCAAAAGCUCAGAAAAGAUUGUUGUAGGGCUAAAAACUACCAAAAAGCCAUCUCUUCACAAGCAGACGUCUACAAAAAAUACAAAACAGGACAAAAUCAGGACCUUGUCCCAAAAGCCUGAUAAAAAGAUAAAACAAAAUUUACAGACACAACCUAAACCUGAUGUCAUCAUGGUGGAUAUUUCAGACGAUGAUGCUGGAACAUCAAGUGCUGCCCCACAGACUUUGGAGAAGGAUAUAGACAAAGCAGAUGGUGCCAAGACAUUAGCAAGCUGUCCUAUUUGUUUGAUGCAGUUUCCUAAACCGUUAUCACAGCUUGAUAUUGACAGCCAUUUAGCUCAAUGCUUGUCAGAAACAACAAUAGAUAUAAUGUGGUAAGAACAUUUAAAGUGAUCUGAUGGAGACUGAAGAAUAUUUUGAUGAACCUAUAAAACGGAUCUCUCCAUUCGGAUCUUGCUUUGGAUUUCAGGGAAAAGCAAAUAUUUUUUUAUUAUUAUUUGUAUUUGUGAAAGGAGUUCCUACAACAAUAUUAGUGUGCGCCCUUUGGCGAAUAGAAUAAAAUCAGAAUAUAUGUAUAUUAUAUUUAC